AAUCUGGCAUCUCUGACCAGUAAUAAACAAACUUGAAUCCGUGUGGCAUGAAUUUACUCACAACAAGCGAGUUUUUAUUUUCUAUCAGCAGCAUCGAUUGGUGGACAGAGCAUAUUUUGGAAUGUCCAACCAAGAGCGGCAACUUCUGCGAAAAAAGGACUUUCCUGAUACCGCUCGCGAUGCUCUGCCUAUUAUAGAAAAUCUCAUCAUAAACCGAAAUAAACAUGACACCGCUAUGGAUUUGAUAGCGGAGUUUGUGUUCCGGGAACGAAAAGAUGACCAGCGCAAUCCGCAACAGUAUCCGAAGGUACAGCAAUUCACUUCCAGACUGUCGUCGAUCGAAGAGUUCCAGCUGGUGCUUGUGUUGUGUAAUUUUUUCUCCCGCCCGGGACCCGAUGCUACCAGAAAUGCAGUUUUCUUUUCCCUCUUUGGUGGAUCUGUAGGCAGAACGAGCGUUCUGAACAAACUUAUCAGUACAGCCGUGUCUGGAUCGAUUGCACCGCUUUUGUGUGCCGCUGGAACCUGGAUGCAGCAGCUUGGUUGCACCUCGCUGCUAAGUUUGGAAUUGGCCCAGUGUAUUGUGAAAGAUUUUAUCAUCUUUUCCAAUAAAUCGUCCGAGCAGCUAAAAUCUCUGCCAAUGGUUGCACCUCGAUUUGCAGCAAAUUUCAUGACGGCGGUCACCGAUCUCUAUUUGAACGGCGAAAAAGGUCAGUUGGUUGCUCCUCCAGAUCUCUUGCUGGAUGUCAUCACCGAGUGGGUAUCGGAAAACCCAGCUCUGUGCCUCGCCUCGCAACAACCGAUGGCGUUACCUUCCGGAGCGAUCGCAAUGCCUGUUGUUACGCCACUAGCGGGACUCAUCCGUUGGUGCGUGUUGUCUCUUCUAAUCACCAACAAGCAGGACCUCUAUAGCAAACUACAUCUGGCAGUCCUGCAAAGCUUACUAGAAGCAACCCCUCCGCUAACGGCACCACCAAGCGCACUCAACGCGCAACAUUUGGGCUUGAUAGUAAAUUCACUCCACGCUGAAAUGGAAUCUUUGCUGAAGCGAGGCAAAUCUCUUAAUAAAGAAUACAUCCACAGCUGCCUGGAACGAUUCGCACAGGCUGUUCAGGUUGGAUUAACCUCGCGGUGCAUUUUCGGCAAUAUUCCACAGCUCGUGUGUCGCCUUGAAACAUUACCCAAUAAAAAUAAAUUGAUGCAGAUUGUGAUUAUCGCAAACAAACCGACGUAGCUUGCGUGAGUAUAAAUAUUUUAAGUAAAA